AUGACCGGUUGCUAUGCCAGACAGUGUGCUGAACAGCCUGACCACCUCCAGCAUCCGACACUCAUUUCCUCAAAUGUUGCAAUUUGUUUCCAUCCUUGGCGGUCUAGGAGAUUGUUUCCAAAACUUCAAGAUAGCCAUCUUGUUAACUUUUUCCUUAUCAGCACUCCAGAGUAUCAGCUAGUUAUGCCCCUGGCUGACAAUCUCCUUGCAAGGCCCUUGACCCCAGAUCUCGAGGCCAGUUCCGGCGGGGAUACGGAACAUGGACUGGCGUUGCCCGAGGAAAACGUUGCACCCCUGAAACCCGAAGCUUAA